GCAGCGGGGCCCACCUGGGGCCCACCACCUGUCGAGGUGCCGCGCCCGCGGGGGAUGGAUCUGCAAGAUGUCAGCAUGAGUAGACCCGGCGAGAAGCUGCAGCAGAAGGCCGCCGUUCUGCGGGACGCUUUAGGGGUGACGCGGCUGGUCGAACUGUACGGCCAAUUUGACCCUGCAUGGUGCCUCGCGCUGCUGGAGAGCGCCGCGCCCACGCUGGAGCAGCUGAGUGUGUGGGACCUCGAUGAGGCACACUUGCGCGUGGUGCACGCCAUGCCGCGGCUUAGGAGGCUGGCCGUAUGGAGUAUGGUUGGUUUGCUGGACGCUCAGCCCCCCGUGCUGCCCGCGCUCGCUCAGGGACAUACUGGCCUGCAGUGGCUCAGAGUGAAAGGCCUCCCUCGCGCCACGACGCUCUCCCUGAUGCGGGCCCACGGUCACUCGCUGGAGGACCUGCAGCUGGUGGUGGGUACGACGUUUGACGGCGAAUGGCCACAGAGCGGCUGCAGCGACCUGCACUCUUUGAUUCAGCAGUGCGGGCUGCGGGUGCUGCGCAGACUCGUGAUGUGGUAUACUAGUCCAGGCAUCAUCCACGAGGCUGCCCCCUGUCGCCAGCAGCGCGGCCGGAUGCGGCGGGUGCUGCCCGGGGCCAAGGUGUUGUGCAACGUGUGUGACCAUUUGCCGGGGGACCCUUUCUAGGUGCGGCGAACGACGCGACGGGGACGGACGCGCCUCCGCCACCCCGUGGCAGAGAGGAUUCCAGGCAGCGCGCCCCCGGGCCGCGCGACACGAGUACGAGAAAAAGUGGACAGGAAAAACAAUGCAGGAGUCAGUGUAAGACGUGUGUUAAUGCAUUGGAAACAGUGCAGAGAAAUAUACUAAAAUACAUAUCCCAGCACACGCUGUAAUGUCCAAACAAAAAACAUCCCUCGGCCGUAACCAUUUUUCCAGAGAUAGAUCUCGCGGGGCCUGUAAAGAUAAGAGCGGACCGGCCAACCACUCGCCACCCUCCACCCACCCGUUUGCCAGUGCAGUGACUCAGAGCAGCACUUAAUAUAUGUACAAAAGUAGAAAUUUGUAUUU